AUGGAGUCACCAUUCCCCGCACCCAUCGUCAUCCCUCCUAAGCAAGAUGGCCCCCAUACAUCGACAAUCAUCUUCCUCCACGGCCGCGGUCAGACAGCAGCCCUCUUCCACGCUCCCUUCCUCUGCGACACCCCCAUCCCGGACCAUCCCGCCGCGUCUCCGUCGCUGCGCGAGGCCCUCCCCACUACCAAGUUCGUCUUUCCAACCGCUCCGCUCUCCCGUGCAAGCAAGUAUCGCCGAUCCGUGAUCCGGCAGUGGUACGACGGCAGCGGGGAUUGGGAGCCCGAGGCGCUGGGUGGCAUGCACGGAAGCGUAGAGCACGUGCACUCCCUCGUCCGUGCCGAGGUGUCCAUCCUCAACGGGGAUGCUUCCCGGGUGGUGCUGGGAGGCUACAGCCAGGGAUGUGCCAUGGCGCUGACGAGCUUGCUGCUAUGGGGGGGUGCAUCUCUGGGAGGAGCGGUCGGGCUUUCGGGGUUCAUCCCGCUGAACGCGUGCAUGACGAGCAUCCUCGACGACGAGGGCGGUGACGGUAGCGAUGAUGUCGUGUUUGCAUCCGAUUCUGAUGACGGCAAUGGAGAUGACCCGCUGAGGCAGGCUGUCCGGGCUCUGAGGGAGGAGGCAGAGUUGCCGGAGUCGGAGUCUCCGCUUAGUUUUCUGCGUACGCCGGUCUUCAUCGGCCAUGGGACGGAGGACUGCACGGUCGAUGUCUACCAUGCACGCAUGUCGGCUGCGCUGCUGGAGAAGAUGGGUCUCGCUGUGCGACUGAGCGUGUACGAGGGGCUGGGACACGGAUACUCAUCUAUCGAGCUAGGCGACAUGGUGUCGUUUCUCAAACAGUCGCGGUGUGUCUGA